UACAGUGGGGAUUAAUCAUAAAACACAAAGUUUCCACAACUUUUAUUAUUCAUUGCAUUUUGUCUUGACUUUAGUUUAAAGAUGCAAAGAAACUUGAAGAUUAAAACUUAAAACAGAUUUUUUUCCCUCUUAUUCAAAAAACAAACCCCAUCAGCUCCAUGAACUCCUCUUCCUAUAACUUCAGUGUGUCCAGCAGUCUGAGUAAUCGAGACACCUCUACCUCAGCUGCAGUGAAAAAUGUGAUCGUCGUCACCCUCGGCCUCAUCAUCAACUACAUUAACGGCACACUGAUCCACACCUUCAGAAAACACCAGGUGUUUUACAUGAAUCCUCGUUACAUCCUGUUCAUCCAUCUGGUGGUGAACGAUAUGAUCCAGCUCACAARUGCAGUCAGCCUGUUUCUCAUCAGUUACGUCUUCUAUAAAAUUAAUGCUUCACUCUGUUGCUUCCUUCUUGUUUUUGCACUUUUCACCACCCACAACACUCCUUUAAUUUUAGCUACAAUGGCUGUGGAGUGCUACAUCGCUGUGUGCUUCCCUCUGAGACACGCUGAGCUCUGCACCGUCAGACGAACUUAUAUUCUGAAUGUUUGUAUUUGGAUUUUGAGUGUAUUGUCAUUCAUGCCUGAUGUCUUUCUAACUCUGGCUACAGAYCCACAAUGGCUAUUCUUUUCCUCUAUUUUAUGUGACAGGGAUACUUUCUUCCGACACCCAGUAAGUACACAAAAGAGGGAAGUUUCAUAUAUAGUUUAUUUAACAGGAGUUUGGCUCACUCUCUUUUUUACCUACUGCAAGAUCUUCUUUGUUGCUAAAGCAGCUAAUUCAUCUGAUGGAAAAGCAAAAAAGGCCAGAAACACCAUCCUGCUUCAUGGCUUUCAGCUCCUCUUAUGUAUGCUGACAUAUGUYUACCACAUGUUUAAAAACUCAUCAGUAUAUCUGUUCCCAACACAUUAUGUUCACAUCGUCUUUGUUUGGUACAUCCUCAUUCAUAUUCUUCCCAGGUUUGUCAGUCCCAUUGUAUACGGACUAAGAGACACUGUUUUUAAACAGCAUUUAAGAAAAUAUCUGUUUUGUGGUAUGAAAACUGGAAACAAAACUGCUGCUCUCAAUAAAAUUCAUGCUUUCCAGAAGUCAAAUUACAAGGAUAUGAGUAACAUAUAG